ACAGUACAGACCUCCUGGCUGUAAUUCCAACGAAGAAGAACACACUUCCUGGUUGGGUUUGGUUCCGGUGUUACUAAUCUGGGGGUCACACGGAGGGGAUACCAACCGAAAAAACUUCAAAAUGCUGUUACGAAGAGUGCUGCAGGCCGGAGGCUCGGCGCUGAAACAGAACCGGUCCGUCCACCACAGCCCCGUCUGGAGGAGUCCUCUCAUACCGAUCGUCGUGGAGCAGACGGGUAGAGGAGAACGAGCAUAUGACAUCUAUUCCCGCCUCCUCAGGGAGAGAAUCAUUUGUCUAAUGGGUCCUAUCGAUGACUCUAUAGCCAGUCUGGUUAUCGCCCAGCUGCUCUUCUUACAGUCAGAGAGCAACAACAAACCCAUUCACAUGUACAUCAACAGUCCCGGCGGUGUGGUGACGGCGGGCCUCGCCAUUUACGACACCAUGCAGUACAUCCUCAAUCCCAUCUCCACCUGGUGCGUCGGCCAGGCGGCCAGCAUGGGCAGCUUGCUCCUGGCGGCGGGAACGACGGGCAUGAGGCAUUCACUGCCCAACGCCCGCAUCAUGGUCCACCAGCCCUCAGGGGGUGCCCGGGGUCAGGCCACGGACAUCGCCAUCCAGGCCGAGGAGAUCAUGAAGCUGAAGAGACAGAUCAAUGGCCUCUAUGCCAAACACACGGGGCAGCUGCUGACCACCAUCGAGGGCGUGAUGGAAAGGGACCGCUACAUGAGCCCCAUGGAGGCGCAGGACUUCGGGAUCAUCGACCGGGUCCUGGUCCACCCGCCCCAGGCGGGCCACGACGAGCCUGAGCUGGUGCAGAAAGAGGCAGCGGCGCCAGUCAGCCCCCCUCCACAGCCAGAGUCCGCGGCCUCAGGGCGGGGGCCCCUCCCGGGGACCAGCGCCCCCUCCUCGCACAAGCCCGAGCCGUGAUCGCCACCGCAGAGCCGUCGGGAUCUGAGACGGGAGAGUUUGAGGACAAGGCGGCGCCCCCGCGGUGUGUUUCUCCGGUCUUUCCCUCCCCCUAACCAACAAGUGCAGUGAUCAAAGGGUCCUCGUAUGACGUGAAUCAAACGUAAUGUACCUUUUUGUUUUUGUUACUUCCGUGAUUCCAGAUGAGAAUUCAGAGAGGUGAUCGCUCAGAAGCACUCAGACACAUUUGACCUCACAGACAAGCGGAUUUUUGUGCUUGAGAAGAAGCACAGCAACAGAUGUUUUUAAUUUCUUUUAGACUGCUAAGAAAGCCGGGUUGUUCUGUAGCUGCUUGCUGCUGAGACCCCGGGGGGGGGACCUGUGUUUGAACACUCAUACCUGUAAUAAAUAAAUGGGAUCAUUUUGACAACAAUUCUUGCAAUUCUUGAUCCUAAAAAGUUUUCAAUUUCUCAGGAUCAUCCGAAUUGCAGUGACUGGAUUCUGCUGCGCAGUCUGUUGUUUCAACCGUGUAAUUAUUCAACAAGUGACAAUAAAGAAACGCGUGUUUCAGGCUGCA